AUGAGUCUUGCUCAGAAUCAUGAUGGUGACAAUACACUCUGUAAAUUAGAUACUAGACUGAGCAUUUCUCCAGAGACUCUGCUUACUACUGUUGAAGUUCAAGACAGCUCUAAACCGAGCUUUUUUACUAAACCCGCUGAAAAAUUGGCUCACUUGGAUGGCUUACGAGGUAUUGCUGCUCUCUGGGUUUGGUUCAUCCAUUUUGUUCCCUACAUCUCCAAAUCAUUGCUUCCAUUUCUAUUAGGCUAUCAAAAGUGGAAUGCCAGUGGGCGAGUCAUCAGUCUUUCAGUACUAAAAUCAGGCAACGUUCGACAGCUGGUAUCCUGCGUGAUCCGUCGCCCGUUUCGACUUGGACUUCCAGUCAUUAGCAUAAUGAUGAUGGAUUACUUUGUUUUUAAAAAUUAUAAAAUCAGUUCUUUUAGCGAGACGAUACUGACUCCUAUUUGGUUUCUGUUUGAUAAUUCUAUGCGUCCAAGCAACAUCACAUACUCUGUCUGGACAAUUUCUUACGAAUAUCAAUAUUCCAACAUGCUUUACGCACUCACACUUGUGAUUAUGCAAUUUCCUCAAGCUGACUCGACUAGAUAUGUUAUUCUCGGAUUGGCUUAUUUGUGGUUUCAGAUCACACACAACUGGAUGUCACAUUUUGUAGCUGGAUUAUUUCUGGCAGAUUUAUCACUUCAUGGAUAUUUGAAUCGAUUUCGUCAGUGGAAAUUUUCUACACUGGUUCAGAUUGGAGCGUUUCUGCUUAGUGUAGUGAUUGCCUUUGACUACUCAUUUCUUCCAUACUCGGUACUUAUUGAUAAGUUUGUUUGCGCCAAUCUCUAUCAAAAUGGAAAGCAAGGCGUUACUAAUAGUGGAUGGAAAGAGAGUUUUGUGGUAUUCGUAUUCUGCUUUACAGUCAUGUUCUGCAUUGAAACCUCUACAUGGCUUCAGCGAUUCUUCUCUCAUCGCAUAUUCGUCUUUCUCGGACGCAUUUCUUUCACAUUGUAUCUGCUGCACGUGUACUGGUUGAAUGUUUUUGCACUCAAGUUUAACAACUACAUCAAAGUGGUUUUUGUUGACUGUCCCGAGCUGGGAGUCUGUGUGUCUUUUGUAACAUCGACUUGCUUGUUGACUUUGGUUUCCUACUUGCUUAUACCAAUCAUUGAUACACCUAGUAUAUGGGCUGGAAAAUGGGUUGAGCGGGCUUUAACCGAGGAAUGGACUGUUGCUGGUAUAUUAACGUGGUGGAAGCAACUGCCCAGAUCUCUGCUGGGCUAUGUACAGUUUGUUUUGAAAGAAUGGUAUACUGUGAUUAUGUGGGCUGUUGGAUUAUUUACUUGGAUGGCUGAAGUUCAAAAAGUGUACAUUUUUAAAUAUUUUUUUACAACUUCAAAGUAUUCCAAAGUAGAUGCUUCUUGAUUUGCCGCCAAUCUAUAAGCCAUUCACUUCAAAAAUCCUACUUCCUAUCCGCUUUUAAAUG